AUGGAGACGGAGCAGCUGAAGAGCUGCCUGCAGUUGUUCAUAGAUGGACUGAAGGAGGAGCUGCACACUUUGAGCCGGGACAUAUGGAGCCACCCUGAAGUGGCCGGUGAAGAGGUGUUUGCACACGACACGCUCGUCCGCUUUUUCUCCCGGGACCCGACCUGGACGGUCCAGAGCCAGUACCGACUUCCCACGGCUUUCCGGGCGAGCUGGGGUCCAGCAGAAGGCGCGGACGGCGCGCCGGUGCUGAAUGUCGGCUUCCUGUGCGAGUACGACGCGCUGCCCGGGAUUGGUCACGCGUGCGGACACAACCUGAUCGCGGAGGUGGGAGUGGCGGCUGCUCUGGGUCUGAAGGCUGCGCUGGAGAACCAGAAGCGCCCGGCGGUACCAGUGAAGAUAACUGUUCUGGGCACUCCUGCAGAAGAAGACAUGGGUGGGAAGGUGGAGCUCCUGAACAUGGGAGCGUUUGCGGACAUCGACGUGGUCUUCAUGGCUCACCCGGCGCACGUGGACUUGUCUUUCGAAGGUGCCGUUGCCAUUCAAGACGUGUCAGUGAAGUACCACGGAAAAGCAAGUCAUGCCUCUGCGUCUCCUUGGGAUGGGGUGAAUGCCCUGGACGCCGCCGUCUUGGCCUACAAUAACCUCUCCGUGCUCAGGCAGCAGCUCAAACCCGAGUGGAGGCUUCAUGGCAUCAUCAAACACGGAGGGGUCAAGCCCAACAUCAUCCCAGACUACACCGAGCUGGAGUAUUACCUGCGGACGCCGCUGGUCGUGGAUCUGGAGGAGCUGAAGGCGAAAGUGGAGGCCUGUUUCAGAGCAGCUGCUGCAGCGACCGGCUGUCAAGUGGAGAUCAGCUACCCGGGACACGCAUACUCCAACAUCCUUCCUAAUACAACGCUAACACGCCUGUACGAAGAGAACGCCAAGUCUCUAGCAGUCUGUUUCCCAGAGCAGCCGGCUCAUUUCGCCGGGGCCGACAAAGCGCAGAGUUACACUCUGAGGGCGGCCAAGGCUCUGGCCAUGACCGCGGUGGAUGUCGUGUCCUGCCCAGACCUGCUGAAGAGGGUGAAGGAGGAUUUCAGGCGAGCCAAACUCAAACACCGCUAA